AUGGCCGGUACACUUCGUCUUCGAGAACACCUUCAAGAAGUAAUUUCACUACUUUCGAAUGAAUCAAAGACUUCAUCGCUUCCACUGAAUGACAAUAAAGAAGACGAAGAAGAAAUAGCAUUUACAGAUUUAAAUUUUACGAAAAAUUCAAAUAAAAUGACAACAAAUGUGAUCGAUAUAGUUGAUCCCAUUGAUUAUGAAGAAUAUAUUGAUGAACAUCGACAAAAAAUUGUCAACGAUCCAUUACAUCAUUUACUUGAAUAUCCAAAUGAUGACAUUGAUUUUAUUCGUAUUGAUCGACAAUAUCGUACUAUUAUUCCAAUUAUGCCCGAAAAAGAAGCUUUGAAUGAUCCACACAUUCGUGACUGUUUACAAAGUUUUAAUGGUGAACAUUUUUUUCUUCGUCGAAAUUAUGUUCAUCAUGCCAGUGCAAUAACAUUAUUAAAUAUUCGUCAAGAACAAAUGCAAGCUUUAAAACAAAUAACAAAACAAGAUUAUGAAGUUGAUUUAAUUGAUGAUAAUCGACAAAUUUUGAUUGACCAAGAAAGAGAUAGUCCAAGAAAGUUAGCUACUAAUGAUUCGUCAAUUAAUCCAAUUAAAAGUAGUUGGAUUUUGGCAAAAGAUGAUUUAGAUAAAACAGAACCAGAUACAAUAAUGCCUCAUUUGAUUGAACGUAUUCCAAUAGAAAGUGUAGAUAAAGAGAAUGAAUUAUUACGUGGAAAAAAUCGUUAUUCAAAACUAUUUAGUUCUUAUCCACCUCAAGCAGACACUGAUUGCAUUGAAUAUCGUUCGCCAGCUGAACCACUUCAACCAUAUACAACAUUUAAACUUCAAGUUAAAUGUUUAGAUUUCAAAUUUGAACCUGAAAUCGAGCCGAUUUUUAUUACAUUAGCAUUAUAUGAUUUUAAAGAACGGAAAAAAAUAUCAGAGAAUUUUCAUUAUGAUUUAAAUAGUGAUGCGUUAAAACAAAUGAUUCAUAUUCGGCCAGCCGUUGAUGGUUCAACAUUAAGUCUUUCGGCUAUUUUUCCAAUAUCAUUUCCAUCACCUGAUAUUUAUCUUAUUAUUCGAGUCGAAAAAGUUUUACAACAAGGUGAUUUAUCUGAUUGUGCUGAGCCAUACAUGAAACAAGAUAUUAAAAAUCAACAACGAUACCAUGAACAAGCAAUACAGUUUUGUCAACGUCUUGGUCGUUUUCGUAUGCCAUUUGCUUGGUCAGCAAUUAGUUUACGAGAUAUUCUUAAAGAAAUUGAACAAGAAACAAUUUUGUCAACUCAUGCUAAUACUUUACCUGCUAAUGCAGAAUUAAUAAAUUCAACUAUUAAAGCUUCUAGUCUUGAAAGAAGAACAAUUGGUACAGGUGGUAUUCGAAAUGCUUAUGAAAGUUUUCGACGUUCGCGUGAUGAAAGUUUAACACGAAAUAAUUCAAAACGAUAUGAAGAUCGACAAAUUCCAACAUCAUCACCAACAUCUACAUUAUCAUCAACAAAUACAAAUCUUUCAACACCAUCGGACGAAUUUUUUCAUAUACUUGCAAAUUUUGAUCGACCAAUUACUGUUACACUCAAAGGAGUUUAUAAACAAGAAAGCGAAAGAUUAAAUGAUGAAGAUAUUUUCAAAUUUCUAACUGAUUUUCGAAAACCACCAACUUUAGCAAAAAAACCUAAAACUAUUCCAGCUUUUAUUCGAUUGGAAUUUAAUCAAAUUCAUCCAGGUGAUACAGUUGAUUGUUGUCUUGAUCCUCAAUUAAAUCGUUUAAAACCUUAUACUGAUGAUACAAGACGUCCAAUAAAAGAAUUACUUGAAUUUCCACCACGUGAACUUUAUUUACCACAUAUAUCUUAUAGAAAUCUUCUUUAUAUUUAUCCGUUAUCUCUUAAUUUAUCUAAUUUAACAACACGUGGUUCAACAUCUGCGAGAAAUAUUGCUGUUAAAAUACAAUUAAUGGGUGGCGAGGAAGAAAUAUUUGCUUUACCAUUAAUAUUUGGAAAGUCAUCUGGACAUGAAAUGAUUAAAGAAAUUUAUUUACCAGUUUUAUAUCAUUCAAAAUCACCAUCGUUUUAUGAUGAAGUUAAAAUGCGUCUUCCAGCUGUGCUGGAUGAAAAUCAUCAUUUAUUUUUUACUUUUUCACAUAUCAGUUGUCAACCCAAAGAAAAUGCGCCUAUUGAGACACCGAUUGGAUAUACAUGGCUUCCAAUGUUAAAUAAUAAUCAACUUGUACAUGGAGACUUUAAUUUACCAGUGGCCUACGAAAGACCACCUCAUAAUUAUUCACUAGUGCCUCCAACGAAUCAUGAUGUUAAUAAUGUCAAAUGGGCUGAUAGUCAUAAACCGCUAUUUUCUCUAUCAAUUCGUCCUUCAUCUACAAUUCAUUCAUUGGACGAACGAUUGGAGAAUUUUUUUCAUAUGUACAAUCAACUUCGAAAACAAGCUUAUUCAUCUCAUCAUCAUCAUCAUCAUCAUCCUCAUUAUCAAAUUACGGAUAAAGAUUUUAAACAAGCAAUCAUGGAUACUGUUUGGGCACAACAAGAAAAACUUGUUCAAUUUCUUUAUAUUCUUCUUGAUACAAUUCUUUCAUUAUUAGUUCGAUCACCAAUCCUUAAUGGACAUUUAUUAAAUGUCAAUCAAACAUGUUUUGAAACAUUAGCAAAAAUUGUUCAACGUAUUCAACGUGAUCUUCUUGCCGAUGUUAAUGACAUACAUGGAAGAAAUCGUUUACUUUUAACUUAUAUUCAUUACGAAUGCACAUUGCAUACACCAACUGAAACUGAUAUGACUGCUAUUUCAUCAAAAUCAGCGAGUCUUCGUCCGAAUUCUCUCUAUUUUCAACGCCGUGUUCCGCGUAGUACAUCAAAUCCUGAUUUACCAAGUCCAUCUUUAUCACCUGAAGACGAAUUAGCACUUGCUGCAGCAAAUGGCGGUUUUAUUUCAACAAGUUCAUCAUCAGGAAAACAAAUGAAUGAAUUAUCUCAGGGUAUUAUUAAAGAUGGUGCUCAUCCAAAUAAUAAAGCAUCUCAACAACGGAAACCGCUACAUGAAGAAUUAUUAUUUCAAUGGGUUGUCUCAUCAGGUGCAACAAGAGAUUUUGCUUUUGGUAAUAGUUGGUUCUUCUUUGAAUUAUUAAUAAAAACAAUGGGACAUUAUUUACAUACAACAAAUCGUUUUGAAAUUGAUCGUCGUCAUCGUUUUUCAUAUCAAUUUGCUGAUGAUAUAACUACAUUGUUAAGAUUGAUUAUACGUGAAUUACUUGAUCGGCAACAUCAUACACAACGUAAUGGUAUUGACGGAAAAAUUCAUUGUACACAAUUAAAUACAUCAUUAGCAUUCUUUAUUAAUGAUUGUUUAUCACUUAUGGAUCGAGGUUUUGUUUUUGGUCUUGUUAAAAUUUAUUGUAAAGAAUUUGAUCUUGAAAUUGCACAUGGUCAACCUUCAGAUACAUCAUAUUAUAUUUCUUUAAAAUUAGAUUUAAUUCGAAUCGUUUGUUCACAUGAGCAUUAUAUAACACUUAAUCUUCCUUUAAUACCAAUUAUUCCUCCAUCACCAUCACCAAGUAUUGGUAGUAUGCAAUCUUAUUCAUCAAAUAAUAAUAAUAAUAAUAAUAAUAAUAAUAAUAAUAAUAAUAAUAAUAAUAAUAACAAUCUUAAUAAUACUGGAAAUAGCCAACGUACAAUAAUAAUUCAGCAAACUGAUUUAACAUAUGAAUAUCGUCAAGAACAUUAUCUUGUUGGAAUUAUUUUACAUGACUUACAAAAUGUUUUGUCAAAAAAUUCACCAUGGCUUCAUAGUCGUGCCAUAAAUAUUUUACGAAAUGUUCUUUCAUGUCAUGAUUUUGAUCAACGUUUAUUACUAAAUGAUGAAAAGAACAAUCGAAAUCGUGUUGCAAGACUUUAUUUGCCACUACUUCAUAUUAUAUCGAAUAAUAUUAAUAAAUUGUUCGAUCCAGGCAAUGCUUCAUUUGGUCAAUUGAAUCGUCCAUCAGUCACGCCUUCGGAUGAUCUUCUGUCAUCCAAGACCGAUGAAUUUACAACAGAAAGCGAUGGCACAUUAAAGCGCACAUCAUCAAUGGCAACAUUUAGUGAAGAAACAUCACGAGAUUUAUUAAUUUGUUUAUUAUGGUUAUUGAAAAAUGUUGAUUCUUGUGUACUCCGUCAUUGGUGGAUGCAUAUGAAACGUGAACAACUUCAAAAUUUAAUUCAAUUACUUGAUUUAUGUAUCGCAAGUUUUGAAUAUAAAGGAAAAAAACAAAUGAAACGUCAUCAUCGCAUUGGUGCCGGUGGACAUGCAUCAGUUCUUGCUGCAAUUUCAACAUGUUCAUCAACAAAAAAAACUUCUACAAUAUCAGUUAAAAACCAAUUAGAAAAAUCAAUUAUCGGAACUGAUAAUGCAAGAACCGAAAUGUUAAAUAGAACAAAACAAAAGAAUCCUAAUCCUUCAGCUCAUGGUAACGAGAGCAAAACAAUAAACAGAAAAUAUCAUAAUUCGUCUACAUUACCAUCAUUUUUAUUUGUAGAACCAAGCAAAAGCACCAGUAAUCUUCGUUGGCGUAAAGAUCAAACACACUGGCGACAAGCUAAUACAGAAAGAAGUGAAGAAGAAAUAACAAUUGAUGCUCAUCUGGAAAGUACUCUUGCAUCUGAAUGUACAAUGAUUGUUUUAGAUACAAUCGAAACAAUAAUACAAGUCGUUCAAACCACAGAUUGUCAUCAAGUUCUUUUACCUGGUUUACUUAAAAUUCUUUUGCAUGCAUUUGCACUUAAUCAAAGUACGUGGACAUUACAAAAUUUAUUUUCGCAUCAACGAGCGAUUGUUUAUAAAUUUCCUGAAUUACUUUUUGAAGAAGACACUGAACAUUGUGCUGAUUUAUGUCUUCGUUUAUUAAAACAUUGUUCAUCAUGUUUAAGUACAGUACGAAGUCAUGCAUCCGCAUCUCUUUAUUUAUUAAUGAGACAAAAUUUUGAAAUUGGAAAUAAUUUUUCACGCGUUAAAAUGCAAGCAACAAUGUCAUUAUCAUGGCUUGUUGGACAAUCUACUUCACAAUUUAAUGAAAUAUUUCUACGAAAAUCAUUACGAACUAUUUUAACAUAUGCUGAUGGUGAUACAGAUUUACAAGAAAGUGCAUUUCCAAGUCAAGUGAAAGACUUAGCAACAAAUUUAUAUAUGAUUUUAUGUGAUACAGUCAAAUUACGUGAAGCUAAAGACGAUCCUGAUAUGGAAAUUGAUCUUCUUCAUCGUAUAGCUAAUUGUUAUCAAAAUAGUCCGGAUUUACGACUUACUUGGCUACAAAAUAUGGCUCAAAAGCAUUUAGCGAUGAACCAUUAUGCAGAAGCUGGAAUGUGUUUAGCACAUGCAGCUAGUCUUGUUGCUGAAUAUCUUCGUAUGCUUGAAUCAAAACCAUACAUGCCUGAUGGUUGUGUUGCUCUACAAAAAAUUUCAAUGAAUUUAUUAGAAGAAAGUGCUGUUAGUGAUGAUGUUGUAUCACCAGGAGAUGAAGGUAUUUGUACUGGAAAGUAUUUUACAGAAAAUGGUUUUAUUGGUCUAAUGGAACAAGCAGCAGUUUUUCUUACACAUGCACAUAUGUACGAAGCAGUUAACAAUAUUUAUCAUGUAUUAACACCAAUUUAUGAAGCCAAUAGAGAUUUUAAAAAGCUAUCUCAAGUACAUAGUAAGCUACAUGAAUAUUUCAAUCGAAUACUUAUUCAAGGCAAUAAACGGUUAUUCGGAACAUAUUUUCGUGUGGGAUUUUACGGAACAAAAUUCGAUGAACUUGAUGGACAAGAAUUUAUUUAUAAAGAACCAGGAAUAACAAAAUUAGCCGAGAUAGCUUCUCGACUUGAAUCAUUUUAUAUUGAUAUAUUUGGUAAAUCUCAAGUUGAAAUGAUCAAAGAUUCCAAUGAUGUCAACCGUGCGUCACUUGAUUUAGCCAAUAAGAAGUAA